AUGGAGUCUUACGCCCAACCUCACUCCCCUCAAGAAGGCUACAGCCCAGCUUCCACCGCAAGCAACACCAACUCCAACAACAACACAACAGCCAUGUCGUCCAAGCUCAGCGACUCUACCAAGCCCAGCAAGCGCAAGGGUACUCGCAGCGUCUCUACUCUUACACCAUCACAACUGGCCCGCAAGCGUGCCAAUGACCGCGAGGCGCAAAGAGCCAUUCGUGCCCGGACAAAAGAGCACAUCGAGAACCUCGAGAGAGAGCUCGAGGAGCUUCGCAGCUACCAAAGCCGCGACAAGACCGUCCAGGACCUUCUCCGGAGGAACAAGGCCCUCGAAGACGAGCUUUGCCGGUUAAGGGACAGCAUGGGAAUCCCCAACACCUCCGCCGGUGGUGCCAUGUACCAAUCCUUUCAACCAACAGCAGUGGCAGCAUACCAUGACACGAGCUCCCGCAACUCUUCCUAUGGCCAACAACCAUCCCCGGUCAUGGACAGCAGCCUGCCGCCUUACAGCCACAUGGGCGACGCUAGCGAGAACUGGUCGCCCCAUGUUCAAUGCUCACUGCCUUCAGCUGUUUCGAGUCCCGCCUCGUCAGGUGGCGACGACUUUGGCAACAGCAACUACUUCCCCACCAGCGCACCGGCGGCCAUCCUCGAGCGGACAAGCAUGCCCGCAAGUAUGGACUCCCCGGCCAGCUCCGUGGUCAGCGGCAAGAUGGGCUUCGAGGACAUCAAGUCUGGUAUGUACAACCUAUGGCAAGCUCAACUUUCUCGAGCCAAAGCACUAACAAUCGCUGCAGAGUAUGGCAUCAGUGUCGUGCCCGUCACCGCCAGUUACCACCCGCAUCAACCCGCGCCCUGGAACGUCUAUCCCGUGUACUAUCCUGCGUCACCGGCCACGAUGUGA